UUUGACAGCCACAACUCACCUUCAAUUCUCACUGGGAUGUCCAGCUGUGAUACCUUGUCAACAUUACAGAAGUGAUUUACAAUCUAUAAAAUGGUUUUACAAGAAAGAUGAACAUCAUUAUCCAAUCCAGAUCUAUUUUCAAGAUAAAAAUGGAGUGCAACGCCAUCAGCCCCGCUUGCGCUACAGAAUGAAGGUGUCACACAAUGGUUCUUUGGUCAUUGAUUAUUUCACAGAGGAUGAUCAAGGGCUUUACUGGUGUGAGAAAGCGGACAUAGUCAUCAGCGUAAAGAAAGAAAUUCUGAAAGAAACUGAUAAGACGGUCUACGUUAUUGCAGGCAGAAGUUUUACUCAUGCAUGUCCGGGCGAAAUGAGUAGCUUCAAAUGGACAUUUCAAGCAAGUAACAUGAGUGAAUUCAGGAACUUGGUACAAGGAUCCGAAUCAGACUUUGUGAUUUCGGACAAGUCUAUACACAUUGUAAAUGUCAAAAGAGCCAAUGUCGGGAAAUAUACCUGCUGGAAAAGUGGAUGUAAUAGCCACAAGCAGAAGCUGCUUACAAUCAACUUGUGUGUAAUAACAGUACACCACAGUGAUGACACAUCUGUUUCUUGUACUGUGAUGUGUGACAUGGAAUUCAGUAAAAUCAAACCAAAAAGCACACUCAAUGUGGAGACAGGCACAAGGACAAUAUCAGUGUUUGUAGAUACAAAUGGAAUAAAUUGCAGUGCAAAGCAAAUGUCUGAUGGAUGCAGUUCAGUUAACAGCACUCAUGGACCAUCAAAUGCUUUAAACAAAACAACAGGUGGGUGUUUUGCUGUAUCUCUCUUUAACGAGGUCAUAGCCAAAAGCAAAGGAAUUACACCUCUUAUGUUUUUUGGUUUUACAGAUAUACCUACAGAGCUUGAAUAUCUGAUUCCAGUUGUUUAUGGAACAUCAGCAGCCCUUACAUUUCUUAUUUUAAUCACACUUUUAAUUUGCUACUUCAGACAAAGAUUGUGGGCAGCGUUUCCUGUUCACCAUUGUUGCUGGGGCAGGAAUGGCAGGGAGGAAGAGGAGACUGCAGUGGUUUAUUCAUCAAUUGUCAUCAGGAGACCUGCUAAGACAACAAACAAUCAUAUGAGCAGUGACAGUAGUUGUGUGUAUAGUGAAAUAAAAGUACAGAGAACAAUUCCAUAAAUUCCACUGUUAUGAUAGUUCCUAUAGUCUUUCAUUAGAAAAAGGGUUUGGAACUUCACCCACGCGGUUCUAAAGGGGAAUUUUGAAGCUUUGGGUCGGACUAGAAAGUUUCCUAACUGGGUGAAAUGAU